AUGGCUAACGUCCAUCAUUCUUCUUUGGGACUGCUUGUGACUGUUUUGUACCUGCUAACAGGUAAGACAGAGGAGAGAGAGAAUAACAAUACUAUUUAUUAAGAGACCAUCACUCACAUUCAACACGUAAAACCAUCAAUCUGAGAAAAAUAGAUAUGCUGAAGUUAUGUUUACAUUUCUGUUGUUUUUCUGUCUACUUUUAUCGUCACUAUUGUAUAUAUAAUUACUUUUUUAUUAUUCAGUACACCUGUGAAGAAUAUCGAUAAGAAUACCUAUGAAAUAUUAUGUAAUUUGUAUUACCAGUAAAUAAUAAUCUGAUGUCAUACUCCUUCCAGUUGUCAGUAGAGAAAAUCUCUCAAUGGUCUCCAGAGUGGGAGAUGAUGUCAGUCUGCCGUGUACCAAUGUGGUUUAUCCAAACUGUACCUCAACUACAUGGAUCUAUAGCAAAACUGUGUCUGAAGUUAGUAUUGAAGAGGUCACACUUGGGAAGAUCGAAGUUGCCAAGACAAAGAGAGCAGAGAGAUUGAGUUUAGGGUCUGACUGUUCUCUAAAUGUCAGUGAUGUCAGAGAUGAGGAUGCUGGAAUCUACUUCUGUCGACAGUUCCUUACAAAGGGUGGACCACAACAUGGAGGUGAUGCUCCUGUUAAACUGUCUGUUCUAAUCAGUGAGUAUUACUGUUUAAAGCAGAGCUUAAAUGUCACUGUGCAGUGUAGUGUUUCUAAUCAUGUGGAAAACAGCCAGCAAGUAUUGUAUACCUUUUUCUGGGUCGAGAAAUACACUUGAUUUUAUGUUUUUCAGACAGUUCAGUCAAGACAACCAUCAGUCCUACGCAACAGUCUAAAUUAGACUGGUAAUGUAAAAACAGCCCCAAACAUAUUUAUAGGAAGUACUGCUUGUCUAGUGCUCUAGAGAUUGGAGUAGAGAAAGAUUUAGCAGAUUGCAGUAGAGAAAACUCUACAGGCAACAUAGAGUGAGUCAGUGGAUGUGGAUCCAUUCUGUACUGUGAUGUCACCCUUAUUCACCAAUGAAAACACCCUGUUUGUUUUCAAGAACUAUCCAGUACAGCCUCUACUGCAGGACCAGCCUUGUCAGCCACCUCCCCAUCUUCUGCUGGUAUUGUAUUUGAUACUAUUUCCAUUCUCAGUUGUAUGGUUUGAGUGGGACAGCAUUGGGCCAAAGUCAGAUGUAUUACCUUGUUCAAUACACAGAGCAUGCAAUUGUAUUAUCGUCACUGUCUGAAAAACUUCUAACAACAUUUUUGCCAAUUUGAUUUAUUUUUUAUUUAUUAAAAGAAGUAACUUCCCUCAAUGUACUCUGAACAUUGCAUGACUCUAAGUCCAAUAAAAUGUAGAACAAGUUUGAUAAUUGUAAUGAGAAAUUAUGGUCAUUUUUUCAAUUUCCUGAAAAGUUUAUGUUCUGGAGAUCAGAGGCUUUCAUCAGACUGCGACGAUAUGCAGCUAAACUUUCAUGUUGUUCACGUUUUUAACGUGGCUCAUGUGUGAAUUUCUGCUUGUCUGUGUAACGCUGAUGUCUUUUCUGCUAAAGACCAGACCCCCAUCCCCUCUCUGGUCGUCUCAGAUUCUCAGACCCUCAUCCUCACUAUGGGAGUAGGAGUGGCUGUGGGAGCACCUGUGUGUGUCGUUGCGGCUGUCAUCAUAGCACGCAGAAGGAGAACAAGUAAGGAGAACUUUGUUUUAUUAGUUUUUUUCUUUUUCUUCUGGGUUUAAUGGAGUUCAAUAAUAACACAGUAAUGAAGUCACUUUCAAUGUAUCAAUUCUUCUGAAGUUGUUGUUUGCUCUUUUCAGAGACUCAAAUGACAACUGAUGACAGGAUUGUGAGUAACAAAGAUAUGGCUUAAUAAAUACACCCUCUGCCCUCAACAACUAACAGGUUUCACAAUGUAUUCAUUGUUUUGAAUUGAUUAUCAUUAUUCCUCAUAUAGAGUCUGAAUGCAGUAAACCACUCCACCCCACCAACCAAUGAGGACACGGUUAGUGGAUCAAUAUACAUUUUAUUUGGACAUAUGGAACAUGAUAUGACCCAGUUAUUAUCAAGCAUUGAGACUAAUGUCCAGUUUAAAUGAUUCAUAUUUCAAUAACAAUUUUGACACUUGUAGAGUCAACCUGCUGACAGAAUCACCUAUGCUUCCAUCCUCCACUUCAACCAAAAUCCCCCUCAGAGAGUUGAUGUAAGUGAAGCUAUACUGAACAUAUUGUAAUGGUAUGACUCUCCCUCCUAUACACUCUUUAAAGUUUUUACUUUGUUAUGUGUGUGUGUGUGUGUGUGUGUGUGUGCGUGUGUGUGUGUGUGUGUGUGUGUGUGUGUGUGUGUGUGUGUGUUUGUUGCGUGUGUGUGUGUGUGUUGUCUCUAGGUCCAGGGUGAAGAUGCAGUGACCAGAAGGAGAGAGCCAGAGAACACUGCUGACCCCAGCUCCCUCUACUCCACUGUCAACUAA